CAAUAACAAAGAAUUUUCUAACGUAGAAGCAAUUUCCUCACAAGUAUUCCCAAAAUUUAUUCCAAGAAUUACUGUUCCUGCCAUGAAUUGGACUGGUGAGCAUCGCACUUUCAUUGUGGAAACGUUUAUCAAAACAAACGAUUCUGUAACUACAACACAAAGAGCGUUCCGUUUGCACUUCAAUCUUGGUAGACAUGAUCCCGUACCAGCUCGAAACACGAUCUUGUUAUGGGUUACCAACUUCAGAGCAACUGGAUCUGCAUUGAAACGAAAAUCAACCGGCCGACCUCGCACCGCCAGAACUCCAGAAAAUGUGGCAGCGGUAAGAGCUUCAGUUCAACAGUCUCCACGCCGUUCCACAUUUAAAUGCGCCCAGGCUCUUAGACUUUCCGAAAGAAGUUUGCGAAGAAUUCUUCACAAUGAUCUUCAAAUUUUUAAAACAUAAUGAAACAAAAUGGCAUUAUAUGUACUUUUCAAAAAUAAAAACACUUUUUUGUUUCUUUA